CUCGUUACCAUCUCAUGCGUAGCGCACAUUCCUUUUGCGUACCCAGAUGUCUAGUCGCGAUCUCAAAUGCGCCAGGCUCGCUAAUACUUGCAUUCGCUUGCAUUGCCAUUUAAAGGAUCUCAGAAAAAGAAGCAGUACAAAUAGUGUUUCUGCAGCAGCAAGGAGAUCUCUUAACUGUUGAGCUUACAUUCUCUGGGAGAGGUAAUCUAGCCAGUCAGGUUAUUUCAGCGAUUUUCGUGUCUGUUUUCGCACCCAACACAAGUGUAUUCCUGUUGGAAUGCGGGGAUCCCUCGUUCAAAUCGGGGUGAGGGCACAUUUACUAGGAGUUCCUUUUUUUGUUGAUUUUGGCGAUUUUUUUAAGUACUAUAUCCUCCUAAGUCUGAAGUACUAGCAAUUUUUGUUCCAAGUUUGGUAGGGCAGUUGCGCUCAGCACGAAGCGCGGAACAGUGAAUGUGAAGUCACUUAUUUGGAACCGGCGCCGAAGCUCCACCAGCCACCGCGCCUUUCCAGCUCCUACAUCAUCACUCAGCGACACCAUGCGUGCGGUUACUAUUCUGGCUGCUCUUGUAGCGGCGCCGGUGGCACUCUGCCAUAAUGACCAGAUUCCACUUACUCCAGAUACAUUACACACUGUUAGCGCCGCCGAUGCAGAUGCGCCCACGUACCGCGACAAGCUUCUAGAGCUUCAUAAGAGCCUCGUCGACAUCCCGUCCAUCACCGGCCACGAAAGUAGAGUCGGCCGCUUCUUGGUCGACUAUCUCACCGAGCGUGGAUUCACAGCGGAUAUUCAGUUUGUGACCCCCCGAUCUGAAAAUGGCAAAAAGGGCGAGCAGCGCUUCAAUGUCAUUGCCUGGCCCGGUAAGACACACGACCCCAAGCCCAAGGUCCUCGUCACCAGUCACAUUGAUGUGGUACCACCGUACAUCGAGUACUCCAUCUCUCCUGGAUCGAUUACAAAGGACACCCUCAUCAUGGGUCGCGGCACAAACGACGCAAAGGGAUCCGUUGCCACCAUGGUCAUUGCCGUCGAGGAGCUGAUGGCGGCCGACAAGAUUGAUGACAAUGUGAUGCUCGUUUUUGUCGUUGAUGAGGAGGUUGCCGGGUUGGGUAUGAAAGAGUUCAGUAAGUCUCUUCAAGAGCACCCGCCCAAGAUCCCUCAGUUUCAAGCGGCCAUUUUUGGCGAGCCAACAGAAAGCAAGCUCGCUUGCGGUCACAAGGGCGCCCUCUUCUGUUCCAUCGAAGCAACUGGCAUCCCUAGCCACAGCGGAUACCCAUGGCUCGGCAAGUCAGCCAACGAAAUCAUGGUUAGAGCAUGGGCAAAAAUCCAAGACGCUGAUCUUGGAAGCUCCGAGCUGUAUGGCAACACGACCAUCAACGCCGGCAUCCUGCAUGGUGGCCUCGCUGCCAAUGUUGUCCCUGAAAAGUCCACCGUUCAGUUCGCAGCACGUGUCGCUAUUGGUCCUCAAGAAACUGGCCAUCUUAUUGUCUUGGAACGUAUUAAGAAAAUUCUACAUGAAGUCGACCCGGAAGCGUUCGAGCUUGAUUGCAGCCUUGGAUACGGCUCUGUCGAUUGUAACUGCGAUGUCGAAGGCUUUGAUAAAAUCACGGUCAACUACGGCACAGACGUUCCCAAUCUUAAGGGCGAUUUCACACGCUACCUCUACGGCCCGGGUUCUAUCUUGACAGCUCAUGGCCGCAAUGAAAAUGUCAGUGUUGGGGCUCUGGAGCGUGCGGUGGAAGAUUAUCAAAAAUUAAUUCUUCAUGCGUUGAAGCAAUGAUGUAAUGUGCGCCCUGUAUCUAGUUGAAUGAUCCCAUUUUCCCAACACGUAACCCCAAACAAUAAAACAAAUGAACCAAUUUGCCUCUGCACAGGCGGCACCCUUCAUGAGCCCUUUUCCGAAUCAGGCGCUUAUUGCUGGGCCUGGACCUGGGCCCAACGCUCAGGCAUAAUCUUGGAAAAGUCAAAGACGCCAUUAGGACCCUUCUCGACGGCGCCCUUCUCAGUGACAACUGCAUCGAUAAAGGCAGCAGGUGUGACAUCGAAGGCAGGGUUCCAAACGUCGAUUCUUUGGUCAGCAGUAGCAACUCUGACCUUGGAAGACUCGUCAACUGUACCAUCAGCCUUGAUGACGGCGCCAGUCACUUGCGUGAGCUCUUCCUUCUUGCGCUCCUCAAUCUUGAUGCCGUCUCCAGUUUCCGUAACAAGAUCAAUGCUGGUUGUGGGAGCAGCAACAAUAAACUUGAUGCCGUGCUGUUUAGCAAGGACAGCCAGCUGGUAGGUACCAAUCUUGUUGGCAGUAUCGCCGUUGCGAACGACGCGAUCAGCACCGACAAUGACAGCAGCAAUGUUCAUCUCCGCGCCGCGAGUGCGGAACAGCGACGCAGCCAUAGAGUCGGUGAUGAGGGUGCUGGGAAUCUUUUCAUAGACAAGUUCGAAAGCAGUAAGUCUGCUGCCCUGGUUAUAGGGACGGGUCUCGGUGCAAAAGGCGUGCUUGAGAAGGCUCUUGUCGCGGAGAGUGCGAAUGAUACCAAGGGCAGUACCGUGGCCAGAGGUAGCGAGAGAGCCAGUGUUGCAGUGCGUCAGGACGGAAACCUGCUUCUCGGACGAGGCACCAGCCUGAGCGCGCAGCCACUCAGCACCAUAUUCGCCAAUGGCCUGGUUGGUCUUGAGAUCCUUUUCAAAGAUGGCCUCGGCCUCUUCAAUAAAAGCAGCAACGAUAGUCUCCUUGGUGGCAGAGGCACCGCCUGCGCGGAUUUUGGCCUUGAGCUGGUUGAUGGCAUUGGUCAGAUCGACGGCGGUAGGUCUGCUAGUCUUGAGGUAGUCGAGGGCUUCGUCAAUGCCAGCAAUCACCUCGACAGGAGUGUUUCCAGUAACUGUGCCGCUAUGAAGCUCUACUGCUAGACCCAAACUGGCAACAAUUGCAAUGGCUGGGGCACCGCGGACACGCAUAGUGUAGAUGCUGUCCCAGGCCUCGGCGCGGUUAGCCACAUUGUCGUAGUGGAAUUCGUGAGGCAGGCGAAGCUGGUCGAGGACCUCAAGCUUGCCGCGAGUGUAGCGAAUGGCUUGUAAAGCAGACAUGAUUGCAAUGAGCCGCAGCAAAUGGGAUGUUGUAAAUAGAGCGAGAUUGUC